AUGAAAGCUUUGGAAACGAUCACAAAACUUGUGGGAGUCGAAAAUAUUUGGCCGGUCCAACAUCAUGCUUUACCGGACUAUCACACGAAAUGGGUAGGCACCAAUCCAUCUAGCCUGCAUUCGGCUGGUUCUAGAAGGAAUAUUGUGGAAAACUAUCCACCCCACGUCAUGACACAGAUUGAUAGAUUAAAUGCCGAUGGAAUUACUGGAUCUGGUAUCAGAAUUGCUGUUAUCGACACUGGGAUUGACUAUUCUCACCCUUUACUUGGUGGCUGCUUUGGAAAAGGCAAAUGGAUUCUAACUUGUUCAGAAGGUUGUGUGGUGGGCUAUGGGUUCGAUUUUGUCGGUGACGAAUACAACGGAAAGAAUACACCAAUGCCCGAUCCAGAUCCUAUGGACUGUUCAGGACACGGAACUCAUAUUGCUGGUGUCAUCGCAGCAAAGGAAAACGAAUUCGGCUUUGUCGGAGCUGCUUCAAAUGUUACUAUCGGUGCCUAUCGUGUCUACGGGUGUACUGGUCGAGGCGUCACAACUGACGUUCUUAUCGCCGCGUUCACAAAAGCCGUCGAAGAUGGUAGUAACAUAAUUACAGCUUCUAUUGGCGAUACUGGCGGGUGGCCUUAUGACGCAUGGACUUUAGCAGUUGAGCGAAUUGUUGCUGCAGGAAUUCCCUGCAUAUUGUCUACUGGAAACAGCGGCCAGGAUGGUUUAUUCAUGCCCGGGGGCGCGGCACAUGGCAAGAACGUCGCAUCCGUGGGCUCAUACGACAACAACCAGAUUCCCACUUUUUGGUCUACGGCAAAGUAUACAAUGAACAAUUCUUCGGAAAUACCGUUCUACUGGACUGCUGGUGAUCCGGCCAGAUGGGGCAAUCUCUCGCUUCCUUUGGUGGCGUUGAGUUAUGAUUACAGCAACUCAAAUGACGCCUGUAAUAGCCUUCCGGCAAACACGACAGACCUAUCUGACUACAUCGUUCUUAUCAGGAGAGGCAAUUGUGACUUUUCUCAAAAAGCUGCAAAUGCUGUGGCGAGAGGUGCUCGAUACAUCAUCUUCUACAGUAACACUGAAAGCGUGUACUCACCUGAGAUGACUACAGACGGUCUGCUUGGAACUGGAAUGAUUUCAGCUGAUCAAGGUCGAAAUUUCAUUGAAAAUUUAAGGAACGGGUCAAAGAUCGUGAUUAAGAUUAUUGAUCCUGCUAAUGCAGCCCACCACGUAACUUUCCGGACGAAUAACUCGACUGGAGGAUACAUCAGCACGUAUACUAGCUGGGGACCAACAUUCGAGUUAGACGUCAAACCACAAUUUGGCGCACCUGGAGGUUGGAUAUUGUCCACUUACCCAAUUGCUAAGGGCGGGUUCGCAGUCCUUUCAGGAACCUCAAUGGCAUGUCCUCUUGUAGCAGCCAUCUACGCAUUGGUCGCCCAAGUAAGACAAACAUUCGACCCUACAACUCUGAGAAAUAUCCUCUCAGCAACUGCGAAACCAACCAACUUCAACAACGGUACCGCAACCUAUCCUUACUUGGCACCAGUCCCUCAGCAAGGUAGCGGAAUGCUUCAGGCGUACGAUGCCGCACACUGUGCUACCCUUUUAUCUACGUCAAGCCUGUUGCUAAAUGACACAGCCUAUUUCAACAAUGCUACAAGAUUUUUGAUCCAUAAUUCUGGACAUGUGGAUGUCUUAUACCACUUGAGCUCUAAGAACGCAGCCACAGCAUAUACCUUGCCUUCCAAUAGCAUAUAUCCUGCAAAAUUUCCCCCAGAGCUGUUGGAGGAGCAUGCCGGUGUUCAGUUUUCUGAAAACGCAAUCAUCGUGCCAGCUGGAAAGUCUCAGCUUGUCGAAGUUACCAUAAGUCCGCCACAUUUGGAUGCUACCCGCCUUGGUGUUUAUUCCGGGUUUAUCACUAUCCAUGGGACGAAUGGGGACAUUCUUUCUCUCCCAUUCAUGGGUAUAUCUGGAUCCAUGCAAGAUGCAACUGUUCUCGCCGAAGGCUUUUUAUCGGAUUCAACAGAUGCUAAGGAUACUCCAGUCUCGAACGGGACGCGCUACGAACUGAUGAAGGGUCUUUCAAGUGGGCUCAUGCGUAACAAUUCCAAUCUUAAGAUUCCGGCUGUAAGCGUUACUCUCGCGCUUGGCUCGCCCCUUCUUAGAGUCGAUGUUAUUCCUCACUCGACCUCAAAUUCAAAUACCAAGCUCAUAUUGGGUGUUGCUAGUUUAGGAAACAUUGAUGGGUUUCCUAAGAGGUAUCUAGCAAGGGGGCAAUACAGCUGGCCUUGGACGGGUCAGCUAGAUGAUGAAUCUUACGUGCCAGAGGGCCAGUAUAAGCUACUUAUUAGAGCACUUCGUAUCUUUGGGGAUCCGGACAAUAAGGAAGACUACGACGAGGUAGAGACUGUAGCAUUCAGCUUGACAUAUCAUACUUAACUAGAUAGGCUGCUGAGAUUUGUCCCCAAGGUUUUGAGAUUUGUCCCCAAGAUGAGAUUUGUCCCCAACGCUAGCUAUAUCU